GCCAGUUAUCAGCUCAGGCCAAUCCCUUUUCUGUAAGGCUUUACACAUUUUCAUUCCUCAAAUGCUCUCUGAGAAGAACAGCAUGAGCAUGAGUGGAUUAUUCCUUUCUAACAUAUAAAACCAUGUCUAAAUAUUGGCCUGUAGUUUGUCUGUGGAUUAUCUGGCAUCGUCAGAUCCUGAAUGUUGCAGCUUUCAACCUGGACACAGAGAAUGUAGCUGAGAGGAAAGGAGACGCGGGAACUCUGUUUGGGUUUUCUGUUGCCUUCCACAAACAGCUGAGUCCUUCCGCAAAGAGCCUAUUGCUUGUGGGAGCUCCGCGUGCAAAACAUCAGAAUGAAGUGAACGUCACAGGAGUCGUCUACGGAUGUGACCUGACAACAACAUCUGAGCGCUGUCAGCCCAUUGAGUUUGAACAUGAAGAGUUCCUUGACAGUAAAGGUGUAAACAACCAGUGGAUGGGAGUUAAAGUUGCAAGUCAAGGUCCCGGUAAAAAUGUCAUGACUUGUGCUCAUCGGUAUCAACAGUGGAGCCCGAGUCCAGGCCUCUACACCCCUCAACUGUUCACCGGACAGUGUUACAUCUUAGGAGACGACCUGCAGGUGGGAACAGAAGAGAGGAGGUGGAGGAGGGUGGUGUGCGAUAACGAACACCUGACGCGACGACAGAAGGACCACGAGUGGUUCGCGUACUGCCAGCAGGGUCACGGAGCAGCGUUUGCCAAGGAUAACAAGUCUGUGUUGUUUGGAGCACCGGGAGCUUAUCAGUGGAAAGGAACCGUCAGAAUGGAGGUCUUGGAUGACCUGAUGUGGUCCAGUGACGAUCCCCGUGAAGCUGGGGAUAUCGAGCAGUUUAACCAGGAACUCAUCCCUCUGCUGAGAAACAGCUACCUGGGAUUCUCCGUAGAUUCAGGAAUGGCCCUGACGAGGAAGGGUCAGCUGACGAUCGUAUCAGGGGCCCCCCGGGGGGGCUACAGCGGCCAGGUGGCCUUCCUGAAGAAAGACCCUGCGGCUAAGAGGAGUCUGUCCGUGGAGCUGGUCCUCUCUGAACCGGGCCUGCCCCUCUCUGAACCGGGCCUGGCCCUCUCUGAACCGGGCCUGGCCCUCUCUGAACCGGGCCUGGCCCUCUCUGAACCGGGCCUGGCCUCUUCCUUUGGCUACGACGUCACUGUGGUGGAUCUCAACGCGGAUGGGUGGGAGGACCUUGUUGUCGGAGCACCACAGUUCAUUGAGAAAGACAAGGACAUCGGAGGAGCCGUCUUCAUCUACAUUAACACCAAAGGAAAACACUGGGAGACGAUCGUUCCAAUCCGGCUUGACGGACAUAAAGACUCCAUGUUUGGUCUUGCGGUGGAAAAUAUAGGAGACAUUAACCAAGACGGCUAUGGAGAUUUUGCCGUCGGGGCUCCAUAUGAGGGUUCUGGUCGAGUGUACGUCUACUGUGGCUCCUCAGGUGGCAUCAACAGAAAAGCCGCACAAGUUCUGUCGCCAGGAUCAAACUCGGUGAAAAUGUUUGGAUAUUCUCUGGCUGGUAACCUUGACGUGGACGACAACCAGUACCCUGAUCUCGCUGUCGGAUCGCUCUCAGAUUCCGUUUUUAUAUUCAGGACGAGGUCGGUGGUCAGCGUCAGCACCUCUUUCAGCAUAACCCCAAAUCACAUAAACAUCAUAAAGAAACGGUGCAAUGAGCGGACGUGUUAUUUUGCAGGUCAGGCAUGCUUUACCUACACAGCACAUCCAUCAUCUUUUAACCCUAAACUGAUGCUCAACUACACUUUUGAGGCUGACUUUAAGAGGAGAGAAUCAAAACCCAGAGUGGACUUUCUGGGUUCUUACCGAGGAACGCUGGAGCUGCCUGGACAGGGCAGAAAAACCUGCGCUGACAUGAAGCUUCAACUUCUGCGGGACAUCAGUGACAAGCUGCGCAGUAUUCCCACGUCUGUGACUGUGUCUCUGUGGACAAACAGGACGGGCGCUGACACGACCAACAUCCCUCCAGUUCUUGACAUUUACCAACAGAAGACCACUGUGUCUGAGAUUAUUCUAAUAAACGAAGCCUGUGGCCACGACGGCACCUGCCAAAGUAACCUACAAUUACAGUACAAGUUCUGCUCCAAAAAGACACAAAACGGAGAGGCUGUUUUCAAAUCAUUGGUCAGAGAGGAUGGUGUUGCAGUCAUCACUCCCUCUGAUGAGGACGUAGCUUUGGAGAUCACAGUGACCAACAGAAACGGGGACGACGCACAUCAGAGUCACCUGGUCGUCACGCUCCCAGAUGCGCUGCGCUACUCCUCCAUCGUCCACAGCGGGUCAGCCGAAACAGACCUCAGCUGUGCAGCUAAUGACAACGGCACACUAAUAGACUGUGAGCUGGGAAACCCACUCCAGAGAGAUGCCGAGAUUACGUUUUACGUCUUACUCACCACUUCGGGCAUCUCUUUAAGUACUGAAGUUGUUAAUGUCACCCUGCAACUUGAAACGACAAGUUUGCAGACCAUACAGCCGGUUGAGGUUUUAGCCAAAGUGAUGUUUGAGCUGCAGUUGCAAGUACAUGGUCAAGUCAGGCCUUCUCAAGUAUCACUUGGUGACAUUUCGAAAGGUGCCAUAAAAUCAUUGGAUGAAAUCGGUACAUCAGUGCGGUAUAACUUCAGGAUAACAAAUUUAGGCAAGCCACUGAGGUCGUUUGCAAAUGCAUCACUGAUCGUCCGUUGGCCGAAGGAGAACUCUGCCGGGAAAUGGCUCCUGUACUUAACUCACGUCAGCACUGAAGGUGUACAGCCUGUCCCCUGUUCACCUGCACAUGAGAUCCAUCCACUCAAAGAUAUCAAGGGUUGGGAUGCUCCGCCAAGGAACAGACGUGAAGCUGAAUUUGAAGCUCUCUCCACUGAGGAAUUUCCUUUUCUUCCAACAAAAAGAAAAUAUAAAACUUUGACCUGCUCAGAUGGACUGAAAUGUGUAGAGAUGCACUGCCCUCUGCUGGGCCUGGACAGUACUGCACUGGUGCUGCUGCACUCACGCCUGUGGAACUCCACUUUGGUGGAGGAUUACAGCUCUUUGAACUACCUUGAUAUCGUUGUUGAUGCUACUCUGAGUCUUACCAACUCUCCAGGGAAUAUUAGAUUUAAAUCAGACCAGCUUGGGACUCAGGUAAAGCUGACGGUGUUCCUUGAAAGAAAGCCUGAAUUACUGAUUAAGGUUGCGUGGUGGAUAAUCUUCCUGACAGUGAUUGCCUUACUGCUCCUGUUGGCAGUUUUUGUCUUUUUUCUGUGGAAGCGGGGUUGUAUCCACUCCAUUGAUCGUUGUAAGAAGUCCUCAGAAGAUGGCGAAAAAAAAGCGUUGGCUUCCCUCAAAGGCUAAGAGGAGCGUUGCCUCGGGACUGGCAUGUUGGGAAUUAACACCUCUUCUAUGCAACUUGUGUUGUAUAUUAACAAUUAACACUCAUUUCUAGGUUGAACAUUUAAAAAGAAAAAACAUGUAAUUAUUGGAGUGUACUACUCAAAUACUGUCGCUAAAAGCACAACACAUGAGAUGUAAACUAUUGCAAAUGUGUUUUUGCUUACUUUUGUGAAAAGAAAAACACUAUGCUUUGAUUCUUUUUUUUCAUUUUUUUAAUGAAGCAAAAAUAUCACUUGUUUCAUACCAAAAAAAAAGUUACAUGAAAAAAAGUUGUGCUAUACUUUCACCAUACAGGAUUGUGAGUAGUGAGAAUGGAGGAACUGUUGGAUUAAUAACAAAUUCACUGUAAUUUAAUGGAAAUAUUGCAGCUGCCACCAACUUGUGCGACAAUUGAUCAUCAAAAGUUUUUACUUACGGCACUGAAUUUGAUGGACUGUGAGCAACAUCUUUGAAUUCAUGUUUGUGCAAUAUAAAACUGGGUUGAAAACGUG